AUGCCCCUUAGCAACUUUGCUUUCGCUGCCUCCUUCGCAUCCCAUGCUAUCCUUCACCCGCUGGAUUUCUACUCAAGCGUCGGGCCUACAUUGAAUGAAUCGACUUUCGGUCUUUUGGGCGAGUCUUUUGACCCGAGACGUGAUAUCACCGAUCUCUCCGGCAAGGUAAUUUUUGUUACUGGAGGUAACAUUGGCCUUGGAAAAGAAACAAUCCUUCAGCUCGCGCACCAUCGUCCAUCCCGCAUAUACCUUGGUGCGCGCAAUGCGACAAAAGCUCGCGACGCCAUCGCCGACAUCCAGGGGCAGCUUUCGACCCCCGCGGAUAUCAGACAUAUUCCUCUCGACCUAGCGUCUUUUGCUUCGAUUCGCAGCGCUGCUGAGAAAUUCACCUCCGAAUGCGAUCGCCUGGACAUCCUGAUCUUAAACGCUGGUACCAUGGGCAACCCGCCAACAACCACAGAAGAAGGAUUUGAAGUGCAAUUUGGAACAAACCAUAUCGGUCACUUUCUGCUCACGAAAUUGCUGCUUCCGGUAUUGCAAAAGACUGCUGCCAGCCCUUCCUCAACCGACGUGAGGGUAGUAACUCUGGCCUCUUUGGCGAACUGCGCCGCUCCGUCGUACGAUGUCAUGACAUCUACGGAUGCGCUGUUGGCUGCUAGUACUUGGACACGCUAUGCCGCUUCCAAGGCUGCCAAUAUUUUAUUCGCCUCCGAACUUGCUCGCCGGUGCCCGGAGAUCCUCUCUGUCUCCGUUCAUCCUGGUACUGUGACUAGCAACUUGUACGAACAGGCGAAGGCGUCCAGUCCCGUCUCAAAAUGCGGUGUUGCUGCUCUCUCACUUUUCUUUCGGUCAGUCCGUUCAGGCGCUCUGAACCAGCUAUGGGCUGCUGGGGUCAAGAGGGAGCUUUUGACCAAUGGAGCAUACUACAUUCCGAUCGGGACUCAUGCUAAGAACAACAAGUAUGCCACGGAUGCGGACAUGGCGAAGAGAUUAUGGGAAUGGACAGAGGCUCAGAUUUCUGAAAAACCUGUGUCUUGA